AUGGCAGCCGAACUCAGUUCCGAUGAGUUUCUGCGCUUGCAGGAGGAGUUACUAAAUCUCAAGAUGCAGACAGAAGAGCUGAGACAGGAGAAUGCUCAAUUACGUCGACACAUCCAUUCCGAGCCACAGGGAACGAUGGCAAACAUGGAUGCCUUGCGAAAGGCUGGUGCAGGAGCAGUCUCAGGAGCCGUGUCAGCCCUGGGGCAGCGCGCGGCCUCUCUGAAGUCCUCAUUGGAUGGAAGUACCUUCCACUUGCAUCCUCAGGCUCCGCAGGGAGAAAGCCACAACCACAGCCAGCGCGAGGCUGCCGAGCUCGCAGAGGUGGCUGCAUUGCAAGAGCGUUUGAAGGCGGUCAUGGAGGACCUCAGUGCCGCACGACAAGAUGCCAUGCUGGCUCAGCGCGAAGCAACUGCUGCCGCUGACCCGCGUGCUGAUAGAGGGGGGGUCGCAAGUCCUCCUGUGGAGGAGGUUCUGACACUGAGCCAGGCCUUGCUCCUGAAGGUUCAGCAGCAGCAGAGAGACUUGGAAAGAGUGCGCGAAGCAGUCGACCGUCAGCAGGCUCAAAUUGCCCGCUUGACGGAGAAGGUUGCCACUGAGAAGGCGGGCAAGCCAUCUGCUGCAGCGUUGCCAGCUCUGGAAGAGCAGUUGCGAAGUGCUGAGGGGAAGCUCGACCACUUAGGCCAACGAUUGCAGUCCUCGCAAGGCACAUCGCGCCUGACCUAUGAGCUGCGAUGCAACAUGGAGUCUGUUCUUGAUCGUGUGAGGCAACGUGACCAAGCGAUUGAGCAGCUGCUGACAAGGCAAGAGCGUAUGGAGCAUGCCAGUGUUUUGCGGCGAGAGCGCUUGAGCUAUGCACAGGAGGACCUCGCAUCAUGUUGGAUGCGGCACGUGGAUCCUCAGCCAGGCAGCGAAAGCUCUGACAUUGAGGGGAAAGCUGAACCCGAAGAGCCAGAUCCAGUGCAGAACCUUUGUACAGAGGAGGCUGUCGGUGUGCAAGUCCUGCACGAGGAUACCGCAGAGCUUGGUUGGGAGGCUGCCGUUGCGGCCAGCCCAACAUCGUCCUGCCAAAGUGAUGCAGGCGAGCUCCAUGUGUUGGAGCAGGAACUUCAGGCGCUCCAAAGUGCAAUGAAAGAAUUACAGCUGCAGAACGCUGAUCGAGCUGAGGGACUGAGAGCCCAAAUCCGGGAGCAUCAGCGGAAGCUGGAUGAGCCGGAGCCGGAAAAACAGAUCGAAGAGGAGUCAAGAAAUGGGCAAACCAACCAAGAGGAGAGCUUUGACUCCAUUCUCUAUGUGCAAAAGAUCGAGGAGUUGGAACGGCAAAAUGCCGGCCUCGAGCAAGACCUUGAACUCCUGAAAUCCAGUGAGCUCACGUCUUAG